ACUCUCAAACUGUCGUAUGAUACAUGUACAUGUAUUCACAUCACAUAGAUCACGGACGCUCACGUUCCUGCAUAGAUCUACUACAAUCCCACGACAACGUGCACAAUGUAUGCACACAGCUGAUAACGAGUGUGCAAAACGUAAACAACGUUGUACUGUUCGGCGCAGCGAGAUUGACAAGUAACUCAUGCAUAUUCAUGAGCACUCGUCCGUUGACCUUUGACCUCUGACGUCACCGCUGAGCAACUGAUCUAGACGAUAUUUCCUCGGAGUACAGGUUCUCGGUUUUGCGCGCACACUCGGCUGGCCGGGCGUACGCACGGAAUAGAACGUAUAUAUCGGUGCAAAUAAAUUCGUUUAAUAUCGUCUAGAACUAGACUAGUACUAAAGACGUGUCGAGGUCCGUCCGAUCCCCGGGGCAAGACUAAGUACAGUAUUAUCAUCAUGGCGACGGAAGGGUCGGAAGUCUCGAAUGCGUUUGACUUUUCAAAAAUCAAGGAGGCAGUAGAUGCUUUGUAUGAUUUUAGAGAUCAUUUCUUUGAGAGAAAUUCAAUUGAUCGUGCAGUUCACAAAGCAGAAGAGGUCAGGCAAGAGCUACAGAAAACCCUCUCAAUAUUUGAUGGAAUAGAUGACAGCAUUGAUGCAAGUAGUAAGGCACUGGUUCUACUGCAAAAAGGCCGAGCAUGGAACAUCUUACCAAACUUCAGCCAAGAAGCCUUAGAUGCUCUGUCUCGGGCUGUCAAACUAGACCCUCAGAUGGUCGAAGCUUGGAACAACCUUGGUGAAACAUACUGGAAGAAAAAUGAUGUCAAUUCAGCUAAGAAUUGUUUUGAAGGAGCACUGAACUAUCAAAACAACAAGGUUUCUCUGAGAAACUUGUCAAUGGUGUUAAGACAGCUUGGGAGUGAUGAGAUGGAGAAAGCCAAGAAUCUUCAAGAGAGUGUGGAACAUGCUAAGAAGGCUGUUUCUCUUGAUAUGAAUGAUGGUACAUCCUGGUUUAUAGCUGGCAAUGCAUAUCUUUCUAUGUUCUUCAUGACUGGUCAGAAGCCGGGGAUGUUAAAACAAUGUCAUGGAGCAUAUGCACAGGCUGAGCGUGAUGUUAUCGCCAAAUCAAACCCAGAUCUUCAUUUCAACAAAGCGACUAUUUUCAAAUUUCAAGAAGAGUAUGGGAUGUCUUUGGAUGGUUUCAAGAGAGCAAAGGCUUUGGAUCCAGUUUGGGAAGAACCAGAUCAGAAGAGGGCAGAACUUCUAAGCUAUCUUUGUAGGAUUACAGAACUAACAAAAGCAAAGGGAAAGUUAAAAGCCAAACGUUUACAAAAGCUGAUGUCUUCAUUCAAAGAGAAUGACUUGGGUCCAUACAGCGGCGGGUCAUACACCUCACCUAAUGGUCAAACGGUCAAGCUAGAACCAUGUGUGCUGUCCAGAUUACAAGAAGGGAUUAAUUCAGAGAAGGUUGUUGUUGGGAAGGUUGUGUGUAGCAUAGCAACUGAAGAACUCAUUCCAUUUACCUUUGCUAUAGUUGAUUCAGAAGGGUCUUGCUAUUCUGUCAAUGUGUAUAACAUUGCUCAAGGUCAAGGGGUCAUCAUAGGUGAUACUGUAGCAAUACCAGAACCGUACCUCCAUAGAAUAGACUUCACAGUAGAUGAUAAGCACAUUGAGUUUUCUUCCCUUCGAGUGAACACACCUGUAGCAUUGGUUGUGAAUGGUAAGAAACUUGGAAUAGACAAACAAGCACCUGCUAUGCUCUCGGUCAGUGCUAAAAGUGACUGAACCAAACUCCAGUCUUUCUCCUUUCAACAUUAUCAGCUUUGUGUUAUGAAAUGGUACAGUCUGUAGUUUGAGACGUUUCAAGUACUUGUUCUAUCUUUUGUCGUAUUUCACAGUGUACACUGUGAAAAAAGGCCCCUCGUUCAAUCUGUUGAUGCAGAAUAAAGUACCAAAUUGUAAUGUUAUCAUUUGUGUGUGUGUGUGUGUGUGCAUUUGAGCAUUCUUCAUGACCAUAACAAACCCCUGUACACCAAAUUUGAUUUAGUUCAUGAUGGCCUAAGGAUUGGCCAAAGGGCCCCAUUGACCAUGUAGAUUGGCCGGGUCCGUAAGGAUUUGGAACCAGUUCAAUUAUCACUGAUUUCAAUUGGGCUAUAAAGUAGGUAUCCAUACAGCCACUUCUUGGGGCCCCCACAGACCAAUCACCGUCAAUUUUGGGUUUUGGAUAUUUUUCAUCAUGUUCAUGAGAAUCUUACAGCAUACAGUAAUUCUUCUGUGCAUUCCUUCCAUAAUUGAAUUUCUUUAUACCAAAAUUGCAAUUAUAACACAAAGCUUGACUCAAGAUUCAUCACUAAAACAUCAAUAAAUGAUCAAUAGGGAAUUAGUGGGUGAAUACCAAUUACUUGGGCAAAGUAACACAUGCACUUAUACAAUGUUUAUUUUGAUAUGCCACAUAAUCCUUGAUAGAAAGUAUCAUAUUAUUAUCCUUGUUUUGUGUUCCUAUAACAUUGGGAUAAAGAAUGUUGACCUUCUCAUUUACUGUACCUGCGUAUUUGGAAGCAAAUACAAGUGGACACUUGAUUGUGUUUACAAAGAAUACAUGUACCAACAUUCCCAGGUUAGACUAAGUGUUUUAGUGGCAUAUGAGAUUAUAAUAUAGUUCCUAUAAUAUAAGAUUUUGUAGUGAGGUAAGAAAAUAUAGAUAUUAAUGUGAUACUUUAUUAUCUGGUUAUUUGCUUUAUUUUUAAUAUUUGCUAUCAGUAAUUACACCCCCGAUAAACAAAGUUUGAAGGGGGAAUAUAGGAAUCAGCGUAUGGUCGGUCGGUCCGUUGCAAAUCUUGCACAUUGAACUACUUUCUCAGUUUGUGAACUAAUUUUCAUGAAACUUGGAACACAUAUUGGUGUUGGGUGAAAAUGUGUAAGGCACAAUUUUGGCAUGUGUCAGAAAUUGUGUUGCCACGGUAACGGUAUAUUUUUGCAAAAACAAAAUAAAAAUCUUGCAGUUCACACCACUUCCUUAAUUUUUAACCAAUUCUCAUGAAAUUUAGUACACACAUUUGGUACUGAUGUAAAGGUAUAUUAUAGGCCCCAAAUUAGGUAAAAAUCUAUCAAUUCGGACUACUUGAUUAGUUAUCAACCAAUUCUCACAUUUUGCUCACACAUAGGUCUUAGGAUAAAGAUGGGAAGGACAUAUUUUUUUCUCUGUGUUGCAAACUGUUGCCAUGGUAACGGCAUAGGGUGGGAGUAUUAAUCACCUUCAGUGAUAGUUCUAUUUUUUUUAGGUUUGAGAAAUUGGUCGUCAUAAUUACAAUUAUCUUAAGUAAAGAUAUUGCUAGAAAGUUUGUGUGCUGAUGCCAUAUUGUAUUUUUUAUUUGCCUACAAAGGUGAAUAUAAUAUUGUUACCCACAUCCUUCAAGGAGUAUGGACUAUAAUUUUGUAAGACUAUUAUUUUGUUAAGAAUAUAUAUUCUAUACCAUUAUACUGGAAAAAAAUGUUUUUACAUUUUUAUUCUCCGGGAAUAUGAGAUGUUUCAAAGGUAGGUCUUUCUGAGUUGAUCUUUUCAUUUAGCACCAUUUAGUAUUAUGGCAUGCCUUUUUGUAACUAAAUUAUUUUUGUAAAGUUUUCAAUGCUUUUAAAUUUUUUUAUUCUUCAUGAACAUAUUUUCAUCUGUUCUGUUGGACCACCUUUCAUUGUCAUAUUUAAGAUAUUUAAGUGUACAUUAAUUUUAUUUAUGCUAACACCUUAUAAGGGGUAUUAAAAUAUUAACUGAAGGUCACAUCACAUAUUUCACUAAGACAAGAUGGUAAAGUAAUACUGGACAAUUUAUUUAAAAAGGAAUAGUACCUUGUAGAUUUUUAAGUGUUAAAAAUCUUCCUUUUUUUAUUAAUGGAUCAACAUUUGGAUCCUUCUAAGUGAUAUAAAUGCAUAAUGCAGAGUUUGACAUUCUAUAUGUGUGAUUUAUUAAAACUUUUUGUAAAAACUAGAAAAAAUACAUGUAAUUUUAAGAUAAGGAAUAUUGUUGGUCUGUGUCCUACCUGUUUGAAAUAUGCUGUGUAUAGUAUUGCAAGCUGCCUUAUUUUCGUAUUUGUAAAGUGUUAAUAAACAAUGUGUGCAAUUUA